AUGUCUGACAUGGAAGAUGACUUCAUGUGCGAUGAUGAAGAGGAUUAUGAUCUGGUAAACUCCUCAGAAGUAAAUAUAUAUGGAUAUUGUAGCUGAUUACCAUAUACAACGUAUUUAGCUAGCUAGCUAGCUAGAUAACCAGCGUAAACAUUCCAUGUUGCACUCCACUCAGCUAACUUUAGCUAGCUACGGUAUUACUAUCAGCUACUAUAGCUGUUGUCGGUGCUCCUAUCAUUGACAGCUAACUGGCGUAGUUAGCUAGCUAGCUAUGUCUGCAAUGAUUUGUUCACUUACUGUUGCAACUAAUGAUUGCUAUACCGUUUGCGCCGUUAUAUGAUCCAGCUGUUUGCUUUUUAAAAAAUCACCAAAGCAAAAACAACACACAUCAUCAUGAGCUAGCUAGCUGGCUAGCUGAAUGUCAACACAACAGCGGGGUGUCGAUCUUGUAAACUGCAGUGAUGAUGAAUUGUGUGAUUUCAGGAAUACUCAGAGGACAGCAACUCUGAGCCCAAUGUUGAUUUGGAGAAUCAGUACUACAAUUCAAAGGCCCUGAAGGAGGAUGACCCCAAAGCAGCUCUCAGCAGCUUCCAGAAAGUGAGUUAUCACACACGCGCACACACACACACACACACACACACACACACACACACACACACACACACACACACACACAACACACACACACACACACACACAAUGUCCAUGACUGUCUGUUUAUUAAAUGCAUCCUUCUGAUCCCCAGGUCUUGGAGCUAGAGGGUGAGAAAGGAGAAUGGGGGUUCAAAGCUCUCAAACAGAUGAUUAAGAUCAAUUCAAACUGGUAAGCAUAGACAUUAGUCUCACAAGUAUAAUAAUAAUAAUAAUAUGCCAUUUAGCAGACGCUUUUAUCCAAAGCGACUUACAGUCAUGCGUGCAUAAAUAUUUUGUGUAUGGGUGGUCCCGGGGAUCGAACCCACUACCUUCGCAUUACAAGCACCGUGCUCUACCAGCUGAGCUACAGAGGACCACAUCUCUGCAACGGGUUCGGGAGAGGCGAAGGUUGAGUCAUGCGUCCUCCGAAACAUGACCCGCCUGCUUUUCUUGAUCCCCAGGUCUUGGAGCUAGAGGUGAGAAAGGAGAAUGGGGGUUCAAAGCUCUCAAACAGAUGAUUAAGAUCAAUUUCAAACUGGUAAGCAUUAGACAUUAGUCUCACAAGUCUCCGAAAUUGUCUCUGAAAUAUGACGUAUACAGUGAGGGGGAAAAAAGUAUUUGAUCCCCUGCUGAUUUUGUACGUUUGCCCACUGAUAAAGACAUGAUCAGUCUAUACUUUUAAUGGUAGGUUUAUUUGAACAGUGAGAGACAGAAUAACAACAAGAAAAUCCAGAAAACGCAUGUCAAAAACUUUAUGAAUUGAUUUGCAUUUUAAUGAGGGAAAUAAAUAUUUGAGCCCUCUGCAAAACAUUACUUAGUACUUGGUGGCAAAACCCUUGUUGGCAAUCACAGAGGUCAGAUGUUUCUUGUAGUUGGCCACCAGGUUUGCACACAUCUCAGGAGGGAUUUUGUUCCACUCCUCUUUGCAUAUCUUCUCCAAGUCAUUAAGGUUUCGAGGCUGACGUUUGGCAACUCGAACCUUCAGCUCCCUCCACAGAUUUUCUAUGGGAUUAAGGUCUGGAGACUGGCUAGGCCACUCCAGGACCUUAAUGUGCUUCUUCUUGAGCCACUCCUUUGUUGCCUUGGCCGUGUGUUUUGGGUCAUGCUGGAAUACCCAUUCACGACCCAUUUUCAAUGCCCUGGCUGAGGGAAGGAGGUUCUCACCCAAGAUUUGACGGUACAUGGCCCUGUCCAUCGUCCCUUUGAUGCGGUGAAGUUGUCCUGUCCCCUUAGCAGAAAAACACCCCCAAAGCAUAAUGUUUCCACCUCCAUGUUUGACGGUGGGGAUGGUGUUCUUGGGGUCAUAGGCAGCAUUCCUCCUCCAAACACGUCGAGUUGAGUUGAUGCCAAAGAGCUCGAUUUUGGUCUCAUCUGACCACAACACUUUCACCCAGUUUGCCUCUGAAUCAUUCAGAUGUUCAUUGGCAAACUUCAGACGGCCCUGUAUAUGUGCUUUCUUGAGCAGGGGGACCUUGCGGGCGCUGCAGGAUUUCAGUCCUUCACGACGUAGUGUGUUACCAAUUGUUUUCUUGGUGACUAUGGUCCCAGCUGCCUUGAGAUCAUUGACAAGAUCCUCCCGUGUAGUUCUGGGCUGAUUCCUCACCGUUCUCAUGAUCAUUGCAACUCCACGAGGUGAGAUCUUGCAUGGAGCCCCAGGCCGAGGGAGAUUGACAGUUCUUUUGUGUUUCUUCCAUUUGCGAAUAAUCGCACCAACUGUUGUCACCUUCUCACCAAGCUGCUUGGCGAUGGUCUUGUAGCCCAUUCCAGCCUUGUGUAGGUCUACAAUCUUGUCCCUGACAUCCUUGGAGAGCUCUUUGGUCUUGGGCAUGGUGGAGAGUUUGGAAUCUGAUUGAUUUAUUGCUUCUGUGGACAGGUGUCUUUUAUACAGGUAACAAGCUGAGAUUAGGAGCACUCCCUUUAAGAGUGUGAUCCUAAUCUCAGCUCGUUACCUGUAUAAAAGACACCUGGGAGCCAGAAAUCUUUCUGAUUGAGAGGGGGUCAAAUACUUAUUUCCCUCAUUUAAAAUGCAAAUCAAUUUAUAACAUUUUUGACAUGCGUUUUUUUCUGGAUUUUUGUUGUUGUUAGUCUGUCUCUCACUGUUCAAAUAAACCUACCAUUACAGUUAUAGACUGAUCAUUUCUUUGUCAGUGGGCAAACGUACAAAAUCAGCAGGGGAUCAAAUACUUUUUUCCCCUCACUGUAGGCUACCUACAACUAUCGUCUAACAGGCAGACUGUAGGAGUAGCCUAGUUAUUCAAUAUUCCUACAUAUGAACAGUGUACUUUAUGUGACAUCUCUGACCAAAGUGUGAUCAUGUUUUGUAAAGAAAUGCCAUAUAAUGGGAGCAUCAAAUUGAAUUUUGAAUUACAUUUCUUUAUUUUUGUUUUCUCCCCAGACAAAUUUCCCUGAAAUGAUGAACAGGUACAAGCAGCUGUUAACAUACAUCCGGAGUGCAGUAACACGAAACUACUCUGAGAAAUCCAUCAACUCCAUCCUUGAUUACAUCUCUACGUCUAAGCAGGUAUUGUUUGCAACAUCAAAUUAUCAAUCAAUAAACAAUGUUGAUUCUGUGAUCAUCUGAGCUGUACAGUAUUUAAUUUAGGAAAACAGUCCAAACAAACUCUGAAUGUUUGUAGAGAAGGCCUAGACUUUUUAUUUUAUUUUUUUAGAUGGACUUGCUGCAAGAGUUUUAUGAAACCACAUUGGAUGCAUUAAAGGAUGCCAAAAAUGACAGGCUUUGGUUUAAAACCAACACUAAGGUAUGAUUCAUUUUAAAUAUAUAUAUAUAUAUAUAUAAAAAAAAAUAUUUUUCAUAUAAUGUCAUUAAUUCAAUCCACAAUAUCAUCAUAAUUAACAUUUUAUACAAUGCAAAAACAAAUGUGGCAAGUGGCGUAUCAUUGAUAUGGAGACACUGACUGUGAUACUUGUGUAAUUUAGUUUCCUCCUCGGUUUGUCCGGUCUGUUGUUUAGCUUGGGAAGUUGUACCUGGAGAGAGAAGAGUAUGGUAAGCUUCAGAAGAUCCUGAGGCAGCUGCACCAGUCCUGUCAGGUGAAGAAACACUCCUCAUCAAUGCAAUCAGAGGUUUUCACAGAGGUCUUUACAGAGGUUUUACCACCAAAUCUAAUUCAGCAUUAUAACAUCAUAAUGAAAAACAUACUUGUGUGUUCUUAGUGACAAUAGAUCAUUUGGAACCGUAUCGUGUGAUUGGAGCCUGGUCCGGAUUCUGUUUGUGCUGUAUAGACAACUCCUAUAGCUGUUGCCUUGACAACAGGAGAGGACAACACAAACAGAUCUGGGGCUGGGCUUGUAUGACUGUGGAACCCAUUGUGGACAUCUAGAAUUCCCUGUUCCUCCUCAAGUGUCUGUGUGGAAUUAUAUCUCAAGUAUUUGAUCUGUCUUGGUGUAUAGACGGAUGAUUAGUGUUUGUCCCAUGUUCUGUCUUGGUGUGUAGACGGAUGAUUAGUGUUUGUCCCAUGUUCUGUCUUGGUGUAUAGACGGAUGAUUAGUAUUUGUCCCAUGUUCUGUCUUGGUGUAUAGACGGAUGAUUAGUAUUUGUCCCAUGUUCUGUCUUGGUGUAUAGACGGAUGAUUAGUAUUUGUCCCAUGUUCUGUCUUGGUGUAUAGACGGAUGAUUAGUAUUUGUCCCAUGUUCUGUCUUGGUGUGUAGACGGAUGAUUAGUAUUUGUCCCAUGUUCUGUCUUGGUGUAUAGAUGGAUGAUUAGUAUUUGUCCCAUGUUCUGUCUUGGUGUAUAGACGGAUGAUUAGUAUUUGUCCCAUGUUCUGUCUUGGUGUAUAGACGGAUGAUUAGUAUUUGUCCCAUGUUCUGUCUUGGUGUGUAGACGGAUGAUUAGUAUUUGUCCCAUGUUCUGUCUUGGUGUAUAGAUGGAUGAUUAGUAUUUGUCCCAUGUUCUGUCUUGGUGUAUAGACGGAUGAUUAGUAUUUGUCCCAUGUUCUGUCUUGGUGUAUAGACGGAUGAUUAGUAUUUGUCCCAUGUUCUGUCUUGGUGUAUAGACGGAUGAUUAGUAUUUGUCCCAUGUUCUGUCUUGGUGUGUAGACGGAUGAUUAGUAUUUGUCCCAUGUUCUGUCUUGGUGUAUAGACGGAUGAUUAGUAUUUGUCCCAUGUUCUGUCUUGGUGUAUAGACGGAUGAUUAGUAUUUGUCCCAUGUUCUGUCUUGGUGUAUAGACGGAUGAUUUAGUAUUUGUCCCAUGUUUUUGUCUUGGUGUAUAGACGGAUGAUUAGUGUUUGUCCCAUGUUUUUGUCUUGGUGUAUAGACGGAUGAUUAGUGUUUGUCCCAUGUUUUUGUCUUGGUGUACUAUACAGACGGAUGACGGUGAGGAUGACCUGAAGAAAGGCACCCAGCUCUUAGAGAUCUAUGCUCUGGAGAUCCAGAUGUACACGGCCCAGAAGAACAACAAGAAGCUGAAGACGCUAUACGAACAGUCUCUCCACAUCAAGUCCGCCAUCCCUCACCCACUCAUCAUGGGAGUCAUCAGAGGUAGGCACAUCUCUACCUAUAACCCAGACACAAAUUCAUGGGCUCUUUCUCAAGGGUCUUUUUUCCCUUUUUUUUAGUGCAUUCUCUCUCCUCGCUUCCUUCUCAAAACCCAUUGGAGGAGAAGACCCCCCAAGGUCCCUCCCCUCUGACCUACUCCUCCAAUGGGUUUCUAGGAAAUUAUCCCCUGACUAUGUUGUUUGGUCUACUUGUUUGGUCUCUUGUUUGUAUUCUCCAGAGUGUGGAGGGAAAAUGCAUUUGCGAGAAGGGGAGUUUGAGAAGGCUCACACGGACUUCUUCGAGGCGUUUAAGAACUACGAUGAAUCAGGAAGUCCUCGACGGACCACCUGUCUGAAGUACCUGGUGCUGGCCAACAUGCUGAUGAAGUCUGGAAUCAACCCCUUCGACUCCCAGGAGGUGUGGAGGGACUCUUUAGUGAUAAGAGAUGAAUCUGUUAGGGAUGGUUUCCCAGACUAAAGCUAAGGAUGACCCUAUCACAAUAUUAUAACCUGCUAAUGAAGUAAAUUACUCCAGCAGAUUCAUAUUUUAGUGAACAUUUGAUAUUGGUGCAUCUUUCAUAAUGUUUGAGUGUCUUUACUUUAUGCUGAUUAUUUGUUCCUCUAAGGCGAAACCCUAUAAAAAUGAUCCAGACAUCCUUGCAAUGACAAACUUGGUCAGGUAAGACUGCAUCUCAUUGGCUAUUACUAUCUAACCUUUCUGGGAAGAGUUUUUUUGCUUUAGCUAUUCGUCUACAUUGUGCUGCAUGAACAUUGUUUGAUUAUUGAAUGGAAACCAAUGUUAUAUUCCCCCCCCCCCCCCCCACAGUUCCUACCAGAACAACGACAUCACAGAGUUUGAGAAGAUCCUGAAGACCAAUCACAGUAACAUAAUGGAUGAUCCGUUCAUAAGGGAACAUAUAGAAGGUAUGGUCUAGACAUCACUUUCAGCUUGGUGUAUUUGGUUAAUGUUAAUUAAUCACAAAGCACAAACAUAUUAGCAAGUAGUAACAUGCUUAUAACAAGUUAUAAAUCCUUAUACCUGGAGACAGGUAUAAGGAUUACUGAAAAUUCCUUUAUCUAAUUAUUUAUUUCCUUGAUUUUUGUCUUUCAGAAUUAUUACGAAACAUAAGAACACAAGUUCUCAUCAAAUUAAUCAAGCCUUACACAAGAAUACACAUACCUUUUAUUUCAAAGGUAAGAUCACUACAAAGAUCUGUAUCCAGCAUUUAUUUUUGAAAAAGCAAAGGUUAUUAUAAACGUUUUUGUCUUCUUCAGGAAUUGAACAUUGAUGUGUGCGAUGUGGAAAGCCUUCUUGUUCAGUGCAUUCUAGACAGGUAAAUUGCACGUUGGUACAUCAUUAUUGUAGAACUUUUGCGAAUUUACCAUCAUUGACCUUCUAUUGAACUUUUUCUUCUUUAUACCUGUCAGCACAAUCAACGGCCGCAUCGACCAAGUCAACCAACUGUUGGAGCUGGAUCACCAAAAGAGGAACGGAGCCCAAUACAUGGCUUUAGACAAAUGGACUAAUCAGCUGAACACUCUCAACCAGGCCAUCGUCAGCAAACUGGCCUAA